CCGUUCGACUGCUAAGAAUGUGUUUAAAAAGCCGAUACACUGCAUUGUCUUCUUGCAUUCGUACUUCGUCAGUCAAGAGAGCAAAAUGCUAUCGCGAAAAUAUUUUGUGGCGAUAACUGUAUUAACGUUCGCAACGACAGUGUUAAGUGAUGAUACACAGUCAGAUCAACAGUACGUUACAGUGAAAACUGAAAGUGGUGAAGUGAGAGGUUACACGGAGUUUACAUUGUUGGAAAAGCGGCAAUAUUAUGCAUUCAAAGGAAUUCCAUACGCCAAACCAACAGUUGGCCCAUUGAAAUUUAAGGCACCACAAAAAGUCGAUUCAUGGCCGGGUGUCUUGAAUGCGACCGAAUAUGGACAUUCAUGUUUACAAAUAAUACCCGACACCACCCUUCUGACUGGAGAAGAAGAUUGUCUAACGUUAAAUAUUUUCACGCCGAAUGUCAAUCCCACCGAAAAAUUGCCGGUGAUUUUCUAUAUUCAUGGCGGAGGGCUCGUAUAUGGUGGAUCUAUUGUGCAAGGCCCGGGAUUUCUGCUUGAGGAGGAUGUGAUUUUUGUGACUAUCAAUUACCGACUAGGUCCAUUCGGUUUCAUGUCAUUGGGUACACCUGACUAUCCCGGUAAUGCAGGAUUUAAAGACCAACUUUUGGCUUUGAAAUGGGUCAACGAUAACAUUCACCACUUCGGCGGUGAUCGAAAUAUGAUCACACUGCACGGUCAUAGUUCCGGUAGUGAAUCAGUUAAUUUUCACAUUUUAUCACCAGCAUCUCGUGGACUAUUCCGGCGAGCAAUUGGCGGUAGCGGGUCUGCAAUGAAUCCAUGGGCAUUCACUAGUAAAAAUCACACCAAAAUUGUCCGUGAAUGGAUGGAAAAGCCAAACGCAAGUGUGGAUGAGAUCAUUGAAUGGCUCAAUACUGCUGACAGGGAACAAUUUCUGAAAUCAGCAUAUUCACCGCCUGACAAACGUGAGAAGUCAAUCAAGACAACAUGGUCUGCGGUCAUAGAAAAUCAAGAGUGGGAAAAUGGUUUUCUUACAAAAUCCCCGGGGAGAUAUUAUCGAGAAGAGCCAAGCGAUGUUGACAUAAUGUUUGGCUUUAGUGAAUCGGAAACUAUUGGUAUGCAAUAUGAAGAUCUCAACAAUCCGGAUUCACUCAAACCUUUCGACGAACAUUUUGAACUGCAACUACCGUUGAUUGGUCUGAAUUACAGCUUUGAUUCGGAUAAAUAUCGAGUGUACAAAGAGGAAAUUCGAAAUUUUUAUUUCGGUAAUCAGUCCAUCGACAAAGACCAUCUGACCGAGUAUAUUAGGCUGAUGGACGAUGUUUUCUUUAUCUAUGGAAUCGAUCAAAUCAUUAAAGCUCAAGCUAGACGAUCAACUGGACGAACAUAUUACUACGAAUUUGCAACCGUUCUCGGACUUAAUGCUUUUCGAGACUACGCAAACGCUACAGCAUUAGGAUUUAAAGGUGCCACCCAUGUGGAAGAUAUGCUUUACCUGUUCAAUACCAAAAUAUGGGCACCAGAGAAUCUCUACGACGGUCUGCGCCUGGAUUCACCUGAAGCACGAUUCAUUAAGUUUUUGAGAACAUUCGUAUUGAAUUUCGUUAAAUCAGGAAAUCCAACACCAAAUGAUAAGCCGGCUGCUGUUAGGCCAAUCGAAGGUGAUGUCAUCAAUUACGUUAGGAUCGAAGCUGAUCGAUUAGUACCCGGCGUUAGUCCACGUAGACAGUCUAUUCAGUUUUGGGAUGAAUUCUUCGCAAAACAUCCGGAAGUUUUCGAUGUGGAAUGGUUGUGAUGACCAUUUGGGACACUUGCUUUUUAUUCCCACAAUACACUAAAAAUGUUGUUCGAUAAUGUACAAUGCUCCGAUCAAUUUCUUAAUAAAAUUAUCUGAUGUUAUCACAGCUUCAAAG